CACAAAAAUCCUUAACCAUGUAUGUAGACAAAUCAGCGAAGCCAAGCAAGAUGCGUUGGGGUGAGCUAGACGAGGACGAUGGUGAAGAUCUUGACUUUUUGUUACCUCCCAAACAGGUGAUUGGGCCCGAUGAUAACGGGAUCAAAAAAGUGAUCGAGUACAAAUUUAACGAUGAUGGUAACAAGAUUAAGAUUACGACUACGACCCGAGUCCGCAAACUCGCUAAGGCUCGGUUGAGCAAGCGGGCUGUGGAGAGGCGAAACUGGCCGAAGUUUGGAGAUGCAGUUCACGAGGAUGUUGGGAGCAGGCUUACUAUGGUUUCUACUGAAGAGAUAUUGCUUGAAAGACCUAGAGCCCCUGGUACGAAAGCAGAAGAAAGCAAGAUAGCUGGAGAUAACUUGGCUCAGUUAGGUAAAGGUGGGGCUGUUCUCAUGGUUUGCAGAACUUGUGGUAAGAAAGGUGAUCAUUGGACAUCACGAUGCCCAUACAAGGAUCUUGCUCAACCAAUUGAAACCUACAUCGAUAAACCUGCUGCAACAGAGAAAGCUAUGGCUGCCUCUGGAGCCACCGAGGCUGCUUAUGUCCCACCAAGCAAGAGGGCUGGUGCAGAGAGAACUAGUGGAUCAGACAUGAGGCGCAGGAAUGAAGAAAACUCAGUCAGGGUUACCAAUUUAUCAGAGGACACCAGAGAACCUGACUUGCUUGAACUUUUCCGCACAUUUGGUCCUGUGAGUCGUGUUUAUGUUGCUAUUGAUCAGAAGACUGGUGUCAGCAGGGGCUUUGGUUUUGUGAACUUUGUAAGCAAGGAAGAUGCUGAGAGGGCAAUAAACAAGCUCAAUGGAUAUGGUUACGACAAUCUAAUCCUUCGAGUUGAAUGGGCCACACCAAGAUCGAAUUAGACUGUUUAGAAUUGCUGUGCAUUUCUACUGUUAAGCACAGUUCUAGGCCUCCUAAUAUUGUCUUCCUGAAGAGUGCUUCUUGUUCUCCAUCAACCUUGGGAUUUUAUUAUCAGAUAAGAGUCGUUUAAUGUUCAUAACUGGAUUUUGAUGUUCUUUGCUCUUAUUGUUUCUCCGUGAAUUAUUUUUUAACAAAA